AUGCCGGCGGGCAUGACGAAGCAUGGCUCCCGCUCCACCAGCUCGCUGCCGCCCGAGCCCAUGGAGAUCGUGCGCAGCAAGGCGUGCUCACGGCGCGUCCGCCUCAACGUCGGGGGUCUGGCGCACGAGGUGCUCUGGCGCACCCUGGACCGCCUGCCCCGCACGCGGCUGGGCAAGCUGCGGGACUGCAACACGCACGACUCGCUGCUCGAGGUAUGCGACGACUACAGCCUCGACGACAACGAAUACUUCUUCGACCGCCAUCCAGGCGCCUUCACCUCCAUCCUCAACUUCUACCGCACCGGGCGGCUGCACAUGAUGGAGGAGAUGUGCGCGCUGAGCUUCAGCCAAGAACUCGACUACUGGGGCAUCGAUGAAAUCUACCUGGAGUCCUGCUGCCAGGCCCGCUACCACCAGAAAAAGGAGCAGAUGAACGAGGAGCUCAAGCGGGAGGCAGAGACCCUGAGGGAGCGAGAGGGGGAGGAGUUCGAUAACACGUGCUGUGCAGAGAAGAGGAAAAAGCUCUGGGACCUCCUGGAGAAGCCCAAUUCUUCCGUGGCUGCCAAGAUCCUUGCCAUCAUCUCCAUCAUGUUCAUUGUCCUCUCCACCAUUGCCCUGUCGCUCAACACGCUGCCCGAGCUGCAGAGCCUUGACGAGUUCGGCCAGACCACAGACAACCCCCAGCUGGCUCACGUGGAGGCCGUGUGCAUCGCGUGGUUCACCAUGGAGUACCUGCUGCGGUUCCUCUCCUCACCCAAGAAGUGGAAGUUCUUCAAGGGCCCACUCAACGCCAUUGACUUGUUGGCCAUCUUGCCCUACUAUGUCACCAUCUUCCUCACCGAAUCCAACAAGAGUGUGCUGCAGUUCCAGAAUGUCCGCCGCGUGGUCCAGAUCUUCCGCAUCAUGCGUAUCCUCCGCAUCCUCAAGCUCGCACGCCACUCCACCGGCCUCCAGUCCUUGGGCUUCACCCUGCGAAGGAGCUACAAUGAGCUGGGCUUGCUCAUCCUUUUCCUCGCCAUGGGCAUCAUGAUCUUCUCCAGCCUUGUCUUCUUUGCCGAGAAGGACGAGGAUGACACCAAGUUCAAAAGCAUCCCGGCCUCUUUCUGGUGGGCCACCAUCACCAUGACGACGGUUGGGUAUGGAGACAUCUACCCCAAGACUCUCCUGGGGAAGAUUGUCGGAGGACUCUGCUGCAUUGCAGGUGUCCUGGUGAUUGCUCUUCCCAUCCCGAUCAUUGUCAAUAACUUCUCUGAGUUCUACAAGGAGCAGAAGAGGCAGGAGAAAGCAAUCAAGCGGAGAGAGGCUCUGGAGAGAGCCAAGAGGAAUGGCAGCAUUGUCUCCAUGAACAUGAAAGAUGCUUUCGCCCGGAGCAUCGAGAUGAUGGACAUUGUGGUAGAGAAAAAUGGAGAAAAUAUGAGUAAGAAGGACAAAGUACAAGAUAAUCACUUGUCUCCCAACAAAUGGAAAUGGACAAAGAGGACACUAUCUGAAACUAGCUCAAGUAAGUCCUUUGAAGCCAAGGAGCAGGGAUCCCCUGAGAAGGCCAGAUCAUCUUCCAGUCCUCAGCACCUGAACGUCCAGCAGUUGGAAGACAUGUACAAUAAGAUGGCCAAGACCCAAUCUCAACCCAUCCUCAAUACCAAGGAGUCAACAACACAGAGCAAACCAAAGGAAGAACUUGAAAUGGAGAGUAUCCCCAGCCCUGUAGCCCCUCUGCCCACUCGUACAGAAGGGGUCAUCGACAUGCGAAGCAUGUCGAGCAUCGAUAGCUUCAUUAGCUGUGCCACAGACUUCCCCGAAGCCACCAGAUUCUCCCACAGCCCUUUGGCCUCACUCCCCAGCAAGACUGGGGGUAGCAUGGCCCCAGAGGUGGGCUGGCGGGGAGCUCUGGGUGCCAGUGGUGGGAGAUUUGUGGAGGCCAACCCCACCCCUGAUGCCAGCCAAUGCUCUUCUUUCUUCAUUGAGAGCCCCAAGAGUUCUAUGAAGACGAAUAACCCCCUGAAGCUACGAGCACUUAAAGUCAACUUCAUGGAGGGUGACCCCAGCCCACUAGUCCCCGUUCUGGGGAUGUACCAUGACCCUCUUAGGAACCGGGGGGGUGCAGCUGCUGUCGCUGGGCUAGAGUGUGCCACACUCUUGGACAGGCCUGUACUGAGCCCAGAGUCCUCCAUCUAUACCACAGCAAGUGCUAGGACACCCCCCCGGUCGCCUGAGAAACACACAGCAAUAGCAUUCAACUUCGAAGCAGGUAUCCACCAGUACAUUGAUGCGGACACAGACGAUGAGGGGCAGGUUCUCUACAGUGUAGAUUCCAGCCCUCCCAAGAGCGUGCAUGUGAGCACCAGUCCCAAGUUCAGCGUCGGGACAAGAUCAGAGAAGAACCACUUUGAAAGCUCCCCCUUACCCACCUCCCCUAAGUUCUUAAGGCAGAACUGUAUUUACUCGACAGAAGCAUUGACUGGAAAAGGCCCCAGUGGUCAGGAAAAGUGCAAACUCGAGAACCACAUCUCCCCCGACGUCCGCGUGUUGCCAGGGGGAGGAGCCCACGGAAGCACACGGGAUCAGAGCCUCUGA